AUGCCAGGCGUCGUUGACACACCAGCCGGGCCUGUUUGGCCGGGGUUGGGCUACUCCAUCGCACACCAGAAAGUUGAACUGGAGAUAGAUUUCGCAAAUCGGAGUCUUAAGGGAAAGACAGAGAUCACCAUCCACCCGCAUUACAAGGAUCUGAAAGUUAUUGGAUUGAACUUUCGACAAGGAGAGGUGAAACGGUUGACUGUCAACGGAAAGACGCCCGCAGUUAAACAUACGGAUCCGUAUGACUCGCUACAACUGUACGGUUCUCACUAUCACGGACGCCUAGCGACUAAAAUCGAUGAGAUCGUGCACACUCCACCGCAGCCUGACCUGCUUGUUAGUAUCCCGAAGAAUGUUCGCAUCGAUGAGCUCGAUCCCUUUUCGAUCGAGGCGCAAAACCAGAUGGCGCUAAGGGCAACUGGUGCCUCGGAUGACCCAGAAGGACCUAUAAGCUCUAAAGCGGCCGAAUCAGUGCUUCCGAGAUUUACGGGUUUGACCGUGUACGUGGAAUUCGUGAUCAACCAAAUACGAGAUGGCUUGCAGUUUGUGGGCGUGGGGAAUGGAGACAGGCGCUAUCCGCACGCCUAUACGGCCAAUCCGUUAGGCUAUGGUGUCGGAUGCCCUCUCUUUCCGUGUGUUGAUGAUCCCUCCGCUCGCUGCACGUGGGAAUUUUCGAUCAAGUGUCCGUGCUCUCUUGGUGAUAUGUUUGAUAAGAAUCGCGAUCAAUCUGCAGCAACCACCGCAGGUCGUUCGAGCACCGCAUCUGCGAGUGGUCGAUCUCUCUCUCCUGAUGAUGAAGCUUUGGAUCUGACAGUGGUUUGCUCCGGAGACCUGACUGAUGAGAUUGUCGACCCGAAAGAUCCGAGCAAGAAAACAGUUUCUUUCGCAUGCUAUUCCUCUCUUUCAGCCCAACAGGUUGGGUUCGCAGUCGGCCCCUUCGAGUGUGUAGACCUCUCUGGUUUUCGGGAAAGUGAUCAAGAUGAGCGGCUUAUUCAGGCCUCUACUCCGGUGCAUGCGUUUUGCCUUCCAGGAAGGUCCGACGAAGUUAGGAAUACAUGUUUCCCCCUGCCAAGAGCUAUUGACUACUUCUCAAUCAACUGCGGCUCCUACCCGUUUUCGAGCUAUAAGUUGGUCUUCGUGGAUGAUUCGCCUGAGGCUACAUUUCCAACAGCGUACUUAUCCAUCUGUAGCAGUCAUCUACUCUUCCCUGAGGAGGUAAUCGACACGAUACAGGACACUACAAGAAAACUAGUCUAUGCUUUAUCUUGUCAAUGGACCGGUGUUAAUCUUAUUCCCAAGGAGCCCGCUGAUGCCUGGGUCACGAUUGGUAUGGCAUGGUACAUCACGGAUAUCUUCAUGAAAACUCUCUCCGGAAACAAUGAGUACCGGUUUCAGUUAAAGCAAAUGUCGGAUAGAGUCUGCGAGAUGGAUUACGAACGUCCAUCUCUUUAUGACAUGGGAAACAUUCUGAAGCUGGACCCUUCUGAAGUCGAAUUCAUCGCGCUUAAAGCUCCUCUGGUUUUGUUCAUUCUCGAUCGUCGUCUUACCAAGGCCAGUGGAAAGGCCACUAUGGCCCGUAUUGUUUCUCGACUCUUUAUAUCUGCUCGAGCGGGUGACAUUCCUAAUGGCGCUAUCACCAGUGCUUACUUUCAGAAGACAUGCGAGAAGCUCGGACACGCGAAACUAGACCAAUUUUUCCAGCAAUGGGUUUAUGGUGCCGGUUGUCCGCGCUUUCAGGCUACGCAACGGUUCAACAAAAAGAAAUUGGUCGUCGAAAUGAUGAUAAAACAGGUGCAGUCAGAGCAGCCAACCACGCGUGACUUGUCAAAAGACACAUUUAUGCGUGACGUGAAAGAAGAGAUCCGUCAGGUUUAUGCUGGUACUGUGCAACCUGUUUUCACGGGCUCCAUGACGAUCCGUAUCCACGAAGCCGAUGGAACUCCCUACGAACACAUAGUUGAGAUAAAGGAGGGUGUUACAAAAUUCGAGAUUCCAUAUAACACGAAAUACAAGCGCCUAAAGAGGAAUAAGCGACAAAAAGAACGUGCCGCCGCUGCUACAGGGACAGACCCCAUUGCGGAAACCCAAGAAGAUGUUCUUCUUUAUUGCCUAGGAGAUGUCCUGCAAUCCGAGGAUGAAGUGCAAGACUGGAGACUGGCUGACUGGACUAAAGAAGAUGAGGAACGGAUGGGCCAGGAAUCAUACGAAUGGAUUCGCAUGGAUGCGGAUCUCGAGUGGAUUUGCAAGCUUUCCUUGGUGAUGCCGGGCUACAUGUAUCUCUCCCAGCUUCAGCAAGAUCGAGAUGUCAUAGCUCAGUUGGAGUCCCUUCAAUACAUGGCGGCGCAGAAAGAACAUCAGCUGAUCUCGACAAUAUUCGUUCGAACGUUGAUGGAUCGCAGGUAUUUCUACGGAAUACGUGCAGCAGCAGCUCGGGCUUUGGUGAAACAUGCCAAGGAGGAAAUCAAUUGGUUGGGUCUGUACCAUUUGGAGAGAGCAUUCCAGGAAAUGUUCUGUCUUCCAGGGUCACCCAUGACCCGUUCCAAUGAUUUCUCCGAUCGUGCUGCAUACAUUCUACAAUUGGUCAUUCCCGAAUCCAUAUCUAAGGUGCGCGACAAUAGUGGUCGGACGCCGAUGAGAGUGAAGCGCUUCCUCUUUGAGAAGCUUAAGUUCAAUGAUAAUUCGAAUAAUGAGUACUCUGACAACUUCUAUGUUGCGACUCUCAUGCGAUCAUUAUGUGACGCGAUGCUGGGGAGGGCCGAGGUUCCCCAUGACAACUUCGAUGACUUCGACAUGGAACGAGUCCUCGAGACCCAAACUGAAGAGCAACUGGAGCAGGACGCCAUUGCCGAAAUCGAUCGAUACCGACGGAUGGACGAAUGGUCGAGUUCAUAUCAGAACGUCUAUUCGCGGGCAGCAUUACGAUGUCAAAGGCAACUCAUGCAAGCUAAUCUAUUGGAGUUUGAUUAUAUGCAGUUUCUGCCGUACACUCGUGCCGGGACCUACGAUUUACUCCGCCUGGAUGCCUUCGAGUGCCUCGUCGAAAUGGACAUUUUCGGUAGUGCUGAACUCUUGAAAUGGUUCAUUUUCACAAUGUCAAGCGACUCUUCUGCCUGGCUUCGGCGUCGGCUGCACAAUGCCUUCGGCAGGGCUCUUGGCCCAAUUGCGUUUGGCCGUGGGCCGACCAAUGAACCACCCGCUCUGAAUGAUGGCCUGAUUAUCGAGCAAGAAUCCAGUACGGAAGUCCGUCAAGCAGAUCUUGCACGACGUCAAACAGUGCCCGGCGCUAUGGAGGGCCUCAGGAGUGAGCUUUCUGGCAAUCAGAUUUUGAAGGAAUCUCUUUGGGCUGCUUGCAAUUCGUCGUGUAUCGGGCUACUUGAGCUCUCUGAGUUCACAGAUCUCUGCCGGGUCUUGUACGAGCCGAUCACGUCCCUGAGGGUUUCGCUCAGAUACCCACGGUAUUGGAAAGUCAAGAAUCUCGGAAAGGGACGCUUGCAUUUCUACAAAUCAGACCGUGUUCGAACCACCCUCACAAAAGACGCUACCUCUGCCCCCGCAAAACGCAAGCGAGAGGACCAGGGAAUGCCACCUCCCGGCCCUCGCAUUACAUUCAAGCAAACCAAAGUUGGCUCGGGGACCCCAUCUGCGACCUCCACGUCAACCCCGCAGCCUAAACCGAAAUUACACAUCCCCAAGAUGUCCUCUUCUCCCGCUCCAUCUACACCGGGCACACCGUCAACCCCGGCCACCACUCCGGGUGGCGGGUUGAAGUUGAAGCUGAAAAUCGGGCAAAAGCCGAAAUAA